AUGUGGACUGUGGUCUGCAAGCCAGCUGCUGGAGCUGGAUCUGCAGCCUUCAUUGGGAAGUUCCUCAAGAAAGAGGUGUUCCACAACAUGCCUCACAGUCUGCGUGUCCCCUGGCAUCCAGUGUUGCCAUCGAACAGUAAAAAACCAAAGACGGUGGUACAAGGCAUUGCCAAUGAAUGCUGCAUACCAGGUCCUUGCAAGAGGAGCUGGACACAUGGACCGCAGGCGUCUUCUCCUGUGGUCUGCAGGGAGUCUCUGCACCUUGUGGACAUCCGGCGGUACAGCAGAGACCAGGCGUCCCCCGUCUUCUUCCCCCAGACUGUCUUCAGUGGGGACGACUUGUACGACGUCACGCUAACAGACGGACACUGUCGCCUUCAGGUGACUCUGGACCCGGGUCUGAACCGGCUGGUGGAGAGGCGUGUCCUGAAGCCAGGGUCGGCCAUUAGUAACGUCACUUUUAGCCCCGCCCUGAGCGCUCAGCUCCCAGAAUGCCCCGGGGCCUCUGCAGAUAGAGACAGCUUCAGGCUGGUGAGUGUUCAGGUCAGAGAGGAAGAUCCUGGUGAUGAGGAGGAGGACGAAGAGGUCAGGUCAGACUGGGACUCUCUGCCCUGGUUCGGAUCAUCAGAACCAACAGCAGGUCCUCUGGUUCCCCUCAGAGCCAACCGCAGCGUGUUUCUUCCUCUGUGGAACAACGUGGACCACAGCGGGGAGGUGUGGAGGGAAGCUCCGCCCACAGAGGAAGGAAAGGACGAUGAAGAUGAUGAGGAGGAUGAAGGGCGACGUCCUGCGGUGACGGUGUCUGAGCUGCGGGACUCCUUCCUGUCGGGUCGGCGUGGCGCCAUCCAGCAUCAGCUGAUCGUGCGCAUCAUCAACAAGUCUCACCUGAUGUAUUAUGGGAGGACAGACAGGAACUGUGAAUGUCCAUAUAAGGCGGUUCUGCAGGUCUGCGACCCGACAGGAAGUGUGUGUGUGGUGCUGUGGAACAGUGUGUGUGUCGACUGGUACCGCUGUCUGAAGUUUGGUGACAUCAUCAGCCUGAGACGCUAUCGAGUGAAACGGCACUACCAGGUGGAGAUGGACGACAUAGAGCUCAGUGUGAACAGCAGGAAUCCUGCUGCGCUCAUAUCAGUUCUCCCAGAAUCCUCGGUGUCUCCCCAGCACCUCCCACCUGCUCCCACCUACAGCUUCUACAGCAGGUCUCUCAUUCACAGUCAGGAUCUUUCUGAGCGCGCUCACAGCAGUGUGUGUGAUGUCAUCGGCCUGCUGACGUUCACAGGACGGUCGGAGCGAGUCAGGAGGAAAGAUGGGCGAAGGGCGGAGCUUCUGCAGUACCGGUGGCUACGAUUGGAAGAUGGUAGCAGCGAUCAACCAAUCAUGGUAAAGCUUUUCUCCACAUCUCAACCAGAAACACACCUGAAGCUCCGCCCACUAUCGGUGGUGGUUUGUACCCGCCUGAAGGUGAUCCGAUCCUCUGAGCAGACCGGCUGCUUCUACCUGACCAACACAACGUUCACACAGGUGUACUGCACAGGCCUGGGUCACCACUCUCAGAUGAGCUACAGGAAGCUGCCACAGGUGAGGCUCUUCCUGCGGUGGCUGAGGAGCCAGGAGGACCGGCAGGUGCUGAGCCGGGCUCUGAUUGGAGGAUUCUUCAUUCACCCGCCUCCUCCCGUCUCCUUGGAGACGUUCAUGAAGGAGAGGAGAGGUGAGCUGGGCUUCCUGCAGGGGGCGGAGCUUCAGAGGGAGCUGAGUAGGCUCUGUUACCGGGAGCAACGCUGCUUCUGCAUCCAGGCGACUGUUACCAUGGUUACCUACAGCCGCAGAGGAGAGGAGGAUCACUGUUUGUUCUGGAUGGAAAGAGCUUCAUCUCACUCGUCCUCCUCCUCCUCUCCUCGCCUCCCCUCCACCCCUCCUCCCUUCAGACCCUCCUCCUCUCCUCGCCUCCCCUCCUCCCCUCCUUCCUUCAGACCCUCCUCUUCCUCGCUGUCCCCCAUGUCUCCGUCCUCAGCUGUUAGUCUUCCGUCUCCUCGCCCAGCGGACCUCGGCUCUCGCAGGAAGUGGAGGAAGAGGAGGCAGCCAAUGAUGGCCGACAUGCCAAAGAGGAGACGCCCUGAGCUCACAGUUCAAGCUGACAACCAGCAGACAGUGAUUCUGUUCGAGGCCUCCAUGGAGUUUCUGGAGAACGUUGCUGAUGAAGAGGAGGCUGACGAUGAAGACACCUCAUCUUUCACCACCGCCCCCCUCCCCCCGGUCUUUACCCCUGUUGCCAUAGAGACCUUACCGAUGCGUUAUGACCACGCCCACAGGGAGGGGCAGCUGGUCGCAGUGUCCAUGGGAGGCGGGGCAUUGUGUGAUGGGUUUAACUCCUCCCACGAGGACUACUACACACUGAGACUGAGAGCUCUGUCAGACGGCCUGAUGGUCGACGUGCUCUUCCUCCCUCACUUCUCCUCUUCAUCAGCUGUCCUCCAUCACUCCAACACCUGGACCUCCAUCUUAUCCCACGGAGCCUUCUGCUCUCAGACACCUCCUCCCUCUCCGGCUGACCUCAUCGCCAUGGCGUCCCAGCUGUCCAAUCAGAGGCUGGUUUGUGUCCUGGAGGCGUGUCACCUGGGCGGAGCCAGAACUGAACUGGUCCUGAGUCGAGCGUUCCCCCUGACUGACUGA